UGUUAACCAUUACCUCAAGGCUUCCUUGCAGUGUCUUCAAGAAGGCGUGACUCGGGAGGGGGCAGGUGGGAGGGUCAGCUGGUUAUAAUGAACCUUGUCCCUACUCUUAAGUCCUGGGUCACUGAUCCAACUAUGGAGGCAGCUGCAGGUAGGAAGUGGGGAGAUGUCCUCGAAAGGGGACUUUGGGGUGGCGGCAGAAGGGGCAGAUUUGGAAUCUCUGGGUCUAGAACACACUUGCUCUCGGGGUUUGUAGCCCUGAGGCAUUAGAACUAGGAAUGAGAUGGGCUUAUAGAUCUACCUUCCUGGUUCACGCCCUCUGCUGAUAGGCUCAGAUUUCUGUGCUGGGGGAGGAAAAUAAAGGGGAGGCAGCACCCCUCUGUGUGUGUGUGUCUAUUUGUGUGUGAGUGUGUGUCUAUGUGUGUGUGAGUGUGUGUCUAUGUGUGUGUGAGUGUGUGUCUAUCUGUGUGUGUCUGUGUGUGUGAGUGUGUGUCUAUGUGUGUGUCUAUGUGUGUGUGAAUGUGUGUCUAUGUGUGUGUGUCUAUGUGUGUCUAUGCGUGUUUGUGUUUGUGAGUGUGUGAGUGUGUGUUUGUGAGUGUGUGUGAGUGUGUGAGUAUGUGUGUGUUUGUGAGUGUGUGUGUGAGUGUGAGUGUGUGUGUGAGUGUGUGUAUGUGUCUGUGUGUGUUUGUAUGUGUCUGUGUGUGUUUGUAUGUGUGUGAGUGUGUGUCUAUGUGUGUGAGUGUGUGUGAGUGUGUGAGAGUGUGAGUGUGUGUGAGUGUGUGAGAGUGUGAGUGUCUGUGUGUGUGUGUGUAUGUGUGUGUGUGUGAAGAUAGUGAAGCAGAAUGGGAGGAGGGUGGGUUUCUCCUAAGCUCUUUUGGUUUUUUAUUAUGAAUGUCGUGGGGAGCGUGUCUCUACUCUCACCUUCCUUCGUCUGGCAGAUCUUCGGGACACGGCCUUGUUAACUCUGUAAGUAGUCUGCCGGUUGGAGAAAAAGAACUGAAGGUGGGGACUCUCAGCUGGCAUCAGUACCGAGGGUAGAACCCGGGACCUAAGUCCAGCUAUGAGCGUCUCAUAUUCGCUUCUCCUGCCUCUUUACAGAAAGUUUAAGUUUAAUCCUAGACUGGGCAUUGACAAUCCUGUCCUCUCCCUGGCUGAAGACCAGGACCAAUCUGAUCCCUGGAACCUGCACCGGCCUCGCUUCUGUCUGUUGAGCAAGGAGGAGGAAAAGAGUUUUGGGUUCCAUCUGCAGCAGCAGCUCGGCAAGGCUGACCAUGUGGUGUGCAGGGUGGAUCCAGGCUCCUCUGCCCAGCGCCAGGGUCUCCGGGAAGGAGAUCGGAUCCUAGCUGUGAACAAUAAUAUUGUGGAACAUGAGGACUAUGCGGUGGUGGUGCGUUACAUCCGGGCCAGCGGUCCCCGGGUAUUGCUGACAGUCUUGGCACAGCAUGUGUAUGACGUGACACGUGCCCAGCAAGGGAAUGAAGCUUUCCCCUGUCCGACCCUAGCCUCGGGGGUCAGGCCCCGGUUGUGCCAUGUGGUAAAAGAUGAAGGUGGCUUUGGCUUCAGUGUCACCCAUGGAGCUCGAGGUCCUUUCUGGUUGGUGCUCAGUGCAGGAGGAGCUGCUGAGAGGGCAGGGGUGCCCCCUGGGGCCAGGCUCCUAGAAGUGAAUGGGAUCUGUGUGGAGAAGUUCACUUACAACCAGCUCAAUAGGAAGCUUUGUCAGAGUGGAGAUCGGGUGACUCUGCUGGUGGCAGGGCCAGAGGUAGAGGAACAGUGUCACCAACUGGGAAUGCCUCUUGCUGCACCCCUGGCGGAGGGCUGGGCACUGCCCGCCAAGCCCCGGUGUUUAAACAUAGAGAAAGGGCCUCAAGGCUUUGGGUUUCUGCUCCGGGAGGAGAAGGGCCCGGAUGGUCGACUUGGGCAGUUCUUGUGGGAGGUGGAUCCAGGACUGCCAGCUGACAAGGCCGGGAUGAAGGCUGGAGAUCGCCUGGUGGCUGUGGCUGGGGAGAGCAUGGACGGGCUGGGCCACGAGGAAACAGUGUCUAGGAUUCGAGCACAGGGCUCUUGUGUCUCCCUCGUCGUCGUCGAUCCUGAGGCUGACCGCUUCUUCAGCAUGGUACGCCUGUCUCCCCUCCUCUUCUUGGAGAACACCGAGAUUGCUGCUGCUCCUCUGGCAGAAACCAAGGAUCUUCCAGUGGAAGACACAGUUGAGCCUUCUGGCCUUGCUGGCUCUCGCCAAUGCUUCUUGUACCCUGGGCCUGGAGGUGGCUAUGGAUUCAGACUCCGCUGUGUGGCCAGUGGGCCUUGUCUUUUCAUCUCCCAGGUGACCCCAGGAGGCUCAGCUGCACGGGCGGGGCUGCAGAUGGGAGAUGCGAUUUUGGAGGUGAACGGAUGUCCUGUGGGUGGAGACAGUGACCUGGAUACGCUUCAGCAGCUGGCUGAGGCAGAGCCACCCCUCCGCCUGAAGCUGGCACCUAGGAAUUCGCAGGGCUCAGAAGCCUGGAUUUCCUUGGAGUCUGGAGAGGACUGGCCUCUGGCUUCAGAGUUGCUAUAGGACAUCCCUGCUUGGCAUAGACUCGCCUAUUCUCCUGCCCUUGCUCUGCACACGGAGAUGGGAGGAGCCAGGAACAGUCUAAGUUGGAAGUGGGAACUGGAGGAUUCGGACACUACUGAUCGCAGGACUGCAGGGACCUUCCUCUUUCUCAUGAGCCUACCUCCAGCACAGGGGUGUAGACGGAGACCUCAGGCCGGCUAGUAAGGGAGCCUGAGACUCCACAGGAUGUUAUGCAGAAGUUUUGGGGAGCUGUGCCCCAAAGAUGAAGUUCUGUUCAAGAAGAUGAGGCUGUGGAACCACUUAGGACUGAAGCUAGGGGACACGUGAUGCUGUUGUCAUGUGGCAGAAGGACUGGAGCCAUAUGUUCCUUCUACUGAUACCUAGGAAUCUUGGGAGCUGGUUCUUGGCUAUUGUAAUGUCCUGUUGUAGCCUUUUCCAGUUGGCCGGUGAGUAGGUAAAGCUGCUGUCUUCUAAGUCUGACAACCCGAGUUCACUCACUAGAACCAUACAGUAGAACCUCCUGGAGGUUGUCCUCUGACAUCUAUAUGAGCACUUUAGUACAAGUAUGCUACUGUUCAAAUAAAUAAAUAAAUAAAUAAAUAAAUAAAUAAAUAAAUAAAUAAAUAAA